GGCAUACCCUGCUGCAUCCAUCAGGCGUGGUGAUGAAUAUCUGAAGUACCUCGCGGUACCUUGUUUCGACAAGGGAGACAAAGGGACUGACAAGCCACCCGCGCAUUCUGGCCCACUCCCAACUCCCAAUGGCCAAUUACUCUCCAUCAGACACGAUGAAAGCCGCCAGAGGUGUCGUAUGGUGUAUGCAAUACGUCAUGGUAGGUAGCACACCAGUGAAGUCAUCCCACCACCACCCAUGGUCUUACAAACACUGGAUCGGAACGAUCCUGGGUGUUUCUCAUCCGGACUUUUACGGACAACAUUUCCCCAUCCCCGCUGGCUGCCGUUGAUCAGUAUAUCAAACUGUCCUGGACGCCGUAUCCCGUCUCCAAUCCUCGGUCAUCGCCAGCAACAUGGCAGGAGACGCUCCCCAGCCGUUCCAGCGCCGCUCCUCCUUCCAUCAGCUGCAGGUCUCUCAUCAGUUUGACAAGAACUCCUGGGAGGCACCUCCGUCAAAGACUAUCUAUGCUGGCCUUUCAGCCUUGUUCGAUGAAGAUGGGGUGACCGUCGCCCUGGCAAUCCGCGAUACGACCUAUCUUCUCGACUUCCACCAGGAGGACCUUGUCGCACAAGGAGGCCGGACAAUCUGUGCGGAGAUUACCGACUAUGUGCUCAACCAGUUGCGAGACUACAGCGACGAUCAUCUUGAGAAGUUCAUCGGGCUGGCAAUGCCAACUUCAGUGGCUCGGAAAUGCCCUAGCCUCUGUUCACGUCUUUGGUCGGAGCUGGAUGUGAUUCCCUUGGUUCUGCCCGAGGAGAGUAACAUCGGAGUCGAUCACUACGUCGACCACCCCGUCCGGAAGUCAACAGGCUGGGAACUCAAAAGUAUCGACGAACAGGCAGAGUCCAUGGGGCGUAAAUGUGUCAGGCUGUUUGGUCCAGAAAACAUCCCCUUGCUGCAAGUCGGGUUCCUGGGAUUAGUGGAGGUUGACACUGCCUUCCAUGUGCGCCUUACAAACCUGGAGGACUUUCGGAAAACUGUCACCCAGAAAACGUGGGAUUCGGUUCAAUAUUAUGCCGAUGACCUCAAGAAAAGAGGCACUAAGAUUGCCUUCUUCAGUGCCACCCCUCAAGGUGGAGGCGUAGCCCUGAUGAGACACGCUCUUGCAAGGUUCUCCUACUCCCUGGGAACUGAUAUCAAGUGGUACGUCCCGAAGCCACGACCCGGCGUUUUUCGCAUAACGAAGAACAAUCACAAUAUCCUUCAAGGCGUUGCCCCCCCGGGUGAGCGCUUGAGCAACGAGGACUGGGAGAAGGUCAUCGAUUGGAUCAAUGAAAAUGCGAAGCGAUACUGGCUCUCCCCUGGUGGUCCUCUGCGGCCGCCUUCCGAGGGUGGCGCCGAUGUCAUUAUCAUUGAUGAUCCACAGAUGCCUGCACUGAUUUCCAUCGCGAAGCACUUGGCACCAGACAGACCCGUUAUUUUCCGAAGCCAUAUCCAGAUCCGCAGUGAUUUGAUAGAUCAGCCGGGUUCCCCACAGGAAGAAGCAUGGUCGUGGAUCUGGAAACAGGUGCAACAAGCAGAUCUAUUCAUCAGUCACCCAGUGAGCAUAUUCGUGCCGAACAGUGUCCCUUCCGAAAAGGUGGGCUAUAUGCCUGCUUCAACGGACUGGCUGGAUGGCCUAAACAAGAACAUGCGCGAAUGGGAUGUUGCCUUCUACGGCCGUGUCUUCAACUCCGUUUGUAGGAACUCGGGGACGAUGACCAUUAACUACCCACAAGACGAGUACAUUGUCCAAAUCGCCCGGUUUGACCCCUCAAAGGGCAUAAUGGACGUCGUAGAGUCGUACAACAAGUUCUAUCGCCGAUUCACGGCCGCCUUACCUGACAGAACACCGCCAAAGCUGCUGAUCUGCGGGCAUGGCUCUGUUGACGACCCGGACGGUGCUGUGAUCUACGACUCAGUGCUCAGCUAUGUCGAGGAAGACCUUUCAGACAUAGCUGACAAAAUUUGCGUUGUCCGGCUUGGACCUUCAGACCAGGUUCUCAAUGCGCUUCUUUCCAAGGCAAAGGUCGCUUUGCAGCUCUCCACGCGGGAAGGGUUCGAAGUCAAGGUGUCCGAGGCCAUCCAUAAGGGAACUCCGGUCAUUGCAACCAAGGCCGGUGGCAUUCCACUGCAGGUGGCAGAUAAGAAAAACGGUUUCCUGGUGGAGGUUGGAGACACGGAUGCGGUGGCGCAACAUUUGUUCGAUCUAUGCACCGACGAGGAUCUGUAUCAGCGCACCAAGAAAUUCGCCCUCGAGAACGUAUGUGACGAGGUCAGCACGGUUGGCAAUGCCCUAAACUGGUUGUAUCUCGCAUCGAAGCUCUCCAAGAAAGAAGAGGUCAAGCCGAACAAACAAUGGAUUAAUGACAUGGCGCGCACGGAAGCCGGCCAGGAGUAUUCCAACAAGGAGAGCCGGCUGAGGCGAAUCUCACUGUAAGCAGGCCAAUCAUUGAGCCUCGCAGAAGCAUCGUUAUGAAUUGUGUAUCUGGAUUUCUUUGGAUAGAUACUGCACGCACGAUCCCUAAAUGAGACAUAAACUAAACCUGGGGUAUACUGAGAAUAAGA